CUAGAUUCAUCGUUGGAUCCACGAUCGAAGGUUGUUCGCAUGAUGUUGCGCGCCGCCGCGAAUUCGUGAUUCUUCGGGGUAAGUGCGAGGGGAAAUAAACAUAAAGAGAGCGGUGGAGUGGUGUGACAAUAGCGCGCGUUCAACAAUGUCGUCGGCGAGUAAAAAGGCGAAGGAGAUAGAAGAUCCAGGUUCGGGUGAAGGAGUCGAGGCUCGAGAUUAUGACAUUGAAAUACAGAAGACACUUGAAGAAAUAGAUGGAUGUCAGAAUCAAAUCGAUGGCUUGAACGAGAAGGCCAGUGACGAGAUUCUCGAAGUCGAGAAAAAGUACAAUAAAUUGCGUAAACCUUACUUUCAAAAACGUAACGAUAUUAUCAAGAGGAUACCCAACUUUUGGGUCACUGCUUUUGUAAACAACAAAGAAAUAGCUGAAAUAUUGGAAGAAGAUGAAGAAGAUGCACUACGGUUUUUGAAUAAAUUAGAGGUUGAAGAAUUUGAAGACAUUAAAUCUGGUUAUAGAAUUAAUUUUCACUUUGAUGAGAAUCCAUAUUUCGAAAAUGAGGUUCUCACUAAAGAGUUUCAUCUAGGUUCUUCCGGAGAUCCAGCAUCCCAAAGUACGCCUAUUCGUUGGAAAGAAGGAGCAGAUUUAACAAAACGUGCAAAAACAAAAACACCUUUAAAGGGUCGUAAGAGGCCACUCAAACAUAGAUCAUUCUUUGAUUGGUUCACGGAUCAUGGUGAUCCUAGUUCAGAUGAAAUAGCUGAAUUAAUCAAAGAUGAUAUGUGGCCUAAUCCUUUGCAGUAUUAUCUAGCUCCAGAUAUUGAUAUUGAAAAUGGUGUUGAGGGUGAUGGCGAGGAUUGUGAAACAGAGGAAGAAGAAGAAGAAGAAGAUGGUGGUGGAGAUGAUGGCGAUGAAGGAGGUGAAGGAGAAGAGGGAGAUGAUAGCAUAGUAGUAGUUGAAGAUGACGUAGAUGAAGAAGAUGAAGAAGAGGAGGCUGUGCAUGAUGAAGAUGAUGGUGUAAAUGAAGAGGAUGAUUUACUUGUAGAUGAUGAAGCGGAUCGUGAAGGUAUUUUUAAAAAUGGUGAUGGAGAAGAACCAGAAUAGAAUUAAAAUUUGAACUCUAUAAUCAGUCGUCAUUGCUGAAAUUGUGAAAGCAUCAAGGAACUUGAAUCCUCGAUUGAUCGAGAACAAAGAAAGUUUGUCGAACUAAAAACAUUAAGCCAUAU